AUGGCGUCAAGUCAGGAUGCUUGGUAUCUGUCGUUGCUGGGUUUGGCGGAGCAUUUUAGAAGCAUUAAGCCACCGGACAUAAAAUCGUGUGUGCAGUGUCUUCAAGCUGUGUUUAACUUCAAUCCACCGCCUCGUGUAGAGGCCAGGACACAUUUACAGCUCGGCAAUAUACUCCUAAGCCACACCAGGAAUGCAGAUCUCGCCAGAAAGCAUCUCGAGAAAGCCUGGGACCUGUCUCAGGCGAUAUCGUCCUUCGACGAUGUCAAGUUCGAGUCGGCCAGCGUUCUGGCGCAGCUGUUCGAGCAGCAGCAGCAGCAGAAGUGGGCCAAAGAGACGCUACGACGUGCCAUCGAGAUUUCGCAGGGCAGCUGCUACUGGCACUGUCGCCUCCUCUUCCAGCUAGCGCAACUGCACGCCAAGGAGAAGGACUUCGUGUCGGCGUGUAGCCUGCUGGGCGUCGGCGUCGAGUUCACGCGUAUCUCGGGCGCCGGCUAUACCCAGAUCCUCUUCCUGCUCAGCAAGGCCAUGCUGCUGCUGGCGGAGCGGAAGUUGAACGAGGCGGCACCGCUGCUGCAGCAGGGCGGCCCGAUGGUGGAGGCCUGGCAGGGCAGCAACCAACAGAAGGAGUACCUCAAGGUAUUUUUCUUGGUGCUGCAGACCUGUUACUACCUAUUGGCUGGCCAAGUCAAGUGCAGCAAGUCGUGGCUGAAGCAGCUGCAGCAGAGUGUGCAGGACAUCUCGCAGUGGGCCGACGAGGACAGCGCGCCACCCUCGGCAAGCACGGGCGACAUGUUCAUGUGGAUGCCGAGGGAGGAGCUCUGCGUGGUGGUGUACCUGGUGACGGUCAUGCACUCGAUGCAGGCGGGCUACAUGGACAAGGCGCAGAAGUACUCGGACAAAGCGCUCACGCAGAUCAACCGGCUGAACGCGACGGCGGACCGGCCGAUCCUGCACACGUUCCAGCUGAUGAUCUUGGAGCACAUUGUGCAGUGCCGUCUGGUGAUGGGUGACAACGCUGGUGCCAUCCAGGAGAUCGCCAGCCUGUGUCACAUCUGCCGUCAGCGGCCGUCGCUGCUCACCGGCCACAGGGCGCAGAUCCACACGGUGCUGGGCCUGUACGCCAUGAGCAUGAACUGCAUGGAGCCGGCCGAAGCCCAGCUGAACGCCGCUCUCCGGGUGAGUGACGACACGACGGCCGCGGACGAGCCCGUCGGGACCCGGCACACGUCCCUGCGCCCGUCCCUCCUUACGCCCGGCCAGCCCUUCAACUGA